CCAUGCGGGCGACGGCAGCGGCAGCGGCAGCGGCGGCGGUGGCGGCGGCGGCGUGUCUGCUGACGGUGGCCCGGGCGAGCGACGAGAGAGAAUAUUUCUUUUACAUUGAAGAAAUGGACAGCACAACUGCAGGAGAUUAUGUAAAGAUUCCAGAGAUGGAUGUCGUGAAGUUAAGUAAAGAGUGUUCCUACUUAGAUGGAUCUCUCAUUAUACAGAAGGAUCUACCAGACAACACAAUGAUUGAGAUCUCUCCAGAGAAGCUCGUAAGCAAUUCAUGGAAUGCAUUGGCACCUACUGGUCCUAUGAAACUGUGCGAGUAUAUGGAGCAACAGAAGUCAAAGAUGGAAAUGAUCUGGCGUGCCAGCAAUUUUACUAGGGAGUGUCCUGUUCUCAAGAAUGACGUUAUUCUCAAUCAGUUCACUGUAAUGGAAACCGUUUUCCCAAAGAAACUUGAUGGAGAUGAAUGGAGAGUAGUUAUAGUCUUCACAAUUGGCACCGAAGAAAUACUAAGUCUUAAAAUCCAUGUUAUUAAGCUUCCAAUUGAAAAGAAAAAAAAGUGUGAAGAGUUGGAGGAUGAGGAUGAAGAGGAGGAGGAGGAAGACGAAUAAAAUUACUAUACUGAACAAAGAUACACAGUGUACAUCGUACUGAAAAUUAAACCAUAAUUAUUAACAUGUUUUAUUAUCAUCAUUUUAAUUAAGAUUACUAAAAUUCUACCAACUGAACUAAUUGCUUCUCUUUUGUAUUUCAUCAUUUAUGGGUUCAUAAUGUGGCAAAUUCCGUAUGAGAAAAGCAAGUGUUUUUGUUCAAAAGUAUUCAUGGGGCUCAAUGGCACUCAAUGAUGUAACAGUUGUUACCAAUGACACUUAAACAAAUGAUGCAACUUGUUUUCAGGCAAAUGGAAAAAUUAUACACUUAACUGUAUUUAAUAAAUAAAAUUAGUGGUAGUUAAAUUUUGUUAAUAGUUGAAAUAAUGAGGGAGCAUUUUAUUACCUUUAGUAUAAACACCCUUUGUACCUCUUUUUGUUUCACAAAACUGAUGUGUUGUCUGUUGGAGCUUGUCUCAUGACCUUUAGUCGAUGAUCAUUUAGUGCUUUUUCUGACUUUUGCCAGCACAAGUGGCUAACAAUAUCAAAUAAUUACCAUGUAUUGCUGGUGGUGAACUGGUCAGCUUCUCUCCCUGAGCCUGAAUAUAAGCUCUCAGACCAAAUUUUGGUGAAAAAGUAUUUUAUUUGAUGUCAAAUAUAGCUGUUUUAGUGUGCUGUAAUGAACCAUAUCUAGUUCUGAAGUGGUGUCAUGAGAGGCAGUCCAUAUAGCUUGAGUUUCCAAUACAAAGAAGAACGAUUGUAGAUCUCAUCAUUUUUACAGUUAAAAUUAAGUUUGUUCUUCUGCAUGUCUUUGCAGCUGUGGCUCUCAGAAGAUGUUAUAUGGCAGAGUCAUGUUUCUCAAAUUCAGCCAAUCCUGUUUGCCUUGGCACAGGUCCAUUUUAGCAGUCUGUUUUCAGGCUUUUUUUAGCGGUAAGUACAUUAUAUUGGGAAGUUGUCACUGAUGUGAAUAUCCCUCAUCAGGACUCACAAAGGAGCAUAGCAACUGCAAUAACCACAGAGCAGGCGAGGUCAAUGGAAUAAUCCAGAUGGUAUGUUGACAUGCAUCAUUUCAUGUGUGUUUCCUGACAAGAGGCUCUUCUCAACCACUAGGCAUCUGAGGCAUGUGACGGUUCAUUUGGUGAUGGUCUUAGGGAGCAUACUUAAAUGCAAGAUAGCAGCAGUGCAUGGCAUUGUGGUUAAGAAAUUAGGGCUUAUGAAAGGAUACAUUGACAAAGACAACUACUCUGCCUUUCACUGUUAUCGCAGUCUUUUCUGUGAGGUUUAUGCACCGGUAAUACAGGUGCCCAGGAAGCUUCAAAAUGUAUCUUUUGGAGAGGUAGAGAAAGUAGCUUUUCCUGCAGUAAGAGCUUCAUUUUAUCCGCAUGAGACCUAAAGCCAUUUGUAUAUUCCCCUGUAUGAUGACAGUCAUUUAAUGUUGGGAUAUUUGUUUCUUUUUACCUUUCCAUUUUGAUGGAGAAAGAAUCACUAAGUACAGAGGGUUGGUGUGGCUGGGUGGCUCACUCAUUACAGCUUCAUCAUGAGAUAAUCAGCAGUAUCAGACAUCACUGGCAUAUUGGAAGAUAGGCUGUUCAUUUCUUUCUCUCUAUUACAUUUACUGAGAUUUCCUUCAUCUUAUUUUGGAGGAGAUGAUUCACUGGGUGCUGUCUUCUUUCAGUAUGAGAGAUUUAGCAGUUAACCUAUUCUCUCACACACACUUGCAAGUACAAGGAGAACCGACUUCCACACAUGGUUACAUCAGUAUUGUGGCAAUUGCCUUAAUCACUGGAGCUGGCAGUACUGUAGCAAAGUGUGUUUUAUAUACAGGGAUCUGUGUUAUCCUAAAAUGCUUCUUUGUUUCAAUAUAAUGUAAAUUAUGUUCCUUUUACAAUUAAUUACUGGAAUUCUUGUUUUCCCAAGAACCAAAGGCCAUUAUUUGCUCUAAGCUGGAAUGGUUAUUAGAAUAAUUAACAUCUUUUUGAGAUGCACAUGUAACAGCUGGUUUAUGAACUGUAACUGUAAUUAAUGCAACAUGUGAACAGAUGCUUUCUAGAACAGCAGAAGUGUAAUUUGCAAUAUUUAGAGGGAGCAGUUGUGUGGAAUAUGAUGCUACACAGUAUUGUAACACCAGCUGGAUGUAAAUGUAGUAAACAAUUUUUUUCAGGCAUGCAUAA